AUGAAAAUUCCAUUAAGCUUAUCUGCAUAAAAUUAAAGGAGAUUUUUUCAAAAGAACCAAAUGUAAAAAAGGUCCCUACUCCUGUCAUAAUAGUUGGAGAUGUUCAUGGGUAUUUGAUAUAGUGAAAUUAGUCAAUUAUAUGAUAUAUAGGAGUUAUUUAAAGUUGGAGGAAAGCCUCCAUUUACAAAUUAUUUGUUUUUAGGUGAUUAUGUUGAUAAAGGCCCUCAUAGUGUAGAAGUUAUUACAUUGCUUUCCCUCCUUAAAGUAAAAUUCCCAAAUAGAGUCACAUUGAUUAGAGGAAAUCAUGAAAUUAGAUGGAUUACAUAAAAUUAUGGAUUUUACAUGGAAUGCUUAUAAAAAUAUGGUAGCACUCAAGGUUGGGAAUAUUUCACAGAUAUGUUUGAUUAUAUUCCUAUUGCUUGUAUAGUUGGUACAAAUCUAUUAUGUGUGCAUGGAGGUUUAUCUCUUUGUAUAGAAAGUGUUGAUGAAAUAGAACAUUUGAAAAGAUUCUAAGAGAUUCCUCAUGAAGGAAAAUUUAUAAAUAUUAUUUAGUCUGAUCCUGAUGAUGAGGACACUCCAGAUUUUAAAAUCUCUCCAAGAGGAGCAGGGUUUAUUUUUGGAGGUAAAGUACUUAAGGAAUUUCUACAUUUCAAAUAAUAUGCCUCAUUUAAUUAGAACUCAUUAUUUAUGCAAUGA